AUGGCAAAAGCGGUUCUUUCGGCUUUGAUGGAAAACCAAUGCGGUCAUGAUCUUGUUGUACUAUCGGCUAUUUUAAGUGUCCUCAAUACAUCAUUAUUCCUGAAAUCUGUGCCACCUGAAAUGAAAUCAGUCGAUGGUGAUUUUAUGACUCUUCUGAAAGUUGUAAACAAAUUAUUAUCUGAGCGAGAAAGAUUUGGAAUUCGUGAGUUUCGAUUGGACUUGUUCUGCCAAACACGAGGAAAGCUUAUGUCGGUACGGCACGUGUUGAAUCGUGCUGUGCGACGAUAUGAUGCAUUACAAAAAUCAUUCAAAAAGCCGUCUGUCUACGCUAAGAAAGCACAAAUUUCCAGUGGUGAUUGGGAAGCGAUUGCAAAAUCAUUAUUGAAAGGAUACGGUAAUAAUGUCUAUGUGUCAAUGAAACAAUUGUACGGUCGAAACCAUCGGUUCGUUCGAUAUCAUUCUAACAAGGAAAAAUAUGCGGUUAUGGAUCAUCAUUCGACUUUAUCGCGCUCAAAAAAUCUACCCCCGAUUCCUAUCGUUUUCGCUCGAGAUGUUCGCUAUUCAUCAUCGGUUCGAGCUCAUGCUGUCUUAUCGUUUAUCGGUCGACUCCAAUCAUCCUGGCUUCAGAUGCACAUUGAACGAAAAACGAACAUCAAUGUAUUCGAAGAAUAUGAACUGAAUACAGGAGGCCUUUUGAACAACGUGACAUCAUUCUAUUCUGAUGUUCAAAUGCAAGCGAAUCAACAUGUUCUCACUUUGCAGGGUCCAUCGGGUUCUGUGAUCGAAGCUGAACGAGCUCUCAUUCAAAAGCUAGUUCGAACCCAAAAUUUUCCCCUGACCAAUGAUGUUCCUAUAACAAAACCUGAUGACCAUAAAAGAAUGGAUCGGAAUUUGAAGAGCGUGACAAAAAUGACUAAAAUAUUCAAUCCAAUGAUAUGGCGUUGGAAGAAUGAAGGACAAGUCAAAGUGACGAUUACCACGGGCGUCGGUGCUGCAACAUGUGACGUUAAUAUUGAAGGGCGAGAUUCUCAAUAUCAUUCUGUGAAAAACGAAAUUGAGUCGUUCAAAAAUUGGUUGAAAGACUCGGCCGUUAUACGUCAUCCUGAUGCAAGUAAGUCUCCGACAAAUCAGUCGACUCUAAUUCUUCUCUUCAGUUGUACUACCUAG